CUAGGAGAGUGGACCAUUUGGCAAAAACAUUUUGUAAGCACACUAUUACACAAUUCAAAUAUAAUAAGAAGGCUAUUUUAGCAAAGCACAAAUACUUUCCCACCCAUUUUGGCUUUAUUUAGUUCCCGCCUCACCAACUCUGCAUAAAACGAAGAAUACACCACUUUCGUUCUCCAUAUAAUAUACGAUCUUUGUGGCGGUUUUCAUCUCCAUUCCUCUCUCUCAAUCUUCGUUUCGCUUCCAUGGCGCCCGCUAAGCUUACAGCGUACGAGCUUCAGAGGCUCGAGAAUAUCCGUCGGAAGGAAGAAAUGAUGGCUGGGCUCAAGCUUCACUCCAUGGUCACUCAACUCUCCGCCUCGUCAAAGCGUGAGAGGAUUGGAGACAAAGUGAAACCACAGAAGAAGCCCAAAGGUGAGACUCCUGUCGCUGAGCGACGAUCUUUAAGAACGAGAGAAAAGCUGGCCCAUUCCAAAAGCCACAAUCUUUUCCGCUCUAGAUUGAGGAGUCGUAACUCUCAGUCUACCGAACCGUCGAAGCCUUUAGCUCCCAUGAUGAACAUGGGUCCUCUAAAUAUGAGAGAAGCGUUACUUCAUGAGGGUUCUGAUCGAGCUCUAAUAGAGACCAUUUUGAGUUCUGAGAUAAAAUCUGAACCGGGCGAGUCUUUAGGAACAGAGUUUGGUGGAGGUAGGGUUUGUAAUGAGGAGACCUUUUUGAGUACUGGGAUAAAAUCUGAAUCGGCUCAGUCUUUUGGAACAGAGUCUGGUGGAGAUAAAAUUUGGGUUGAUAUGACUUUGAAUCCGGAGAAUGUAGCUCGGAUCGUGCGGACCAGAAUAAUGUCUCUGAAGUUUUUCCCUUGUAGUAGCUCUAGUAUUGUUGUGGCUGGGAGCAGAGGUGGUGAUGUUGGGUUUUGGAAUCUUGAUCAUGCGGAUGGGUUUGAUGAAGAAGAUGAUGGGGUUUAUACAUAUCAUCCUCACUCAGGCUCUGUUUCUGGGAUUUCGAUUCACCAACAUUCCUUGUCAAAGGUGUUUACCAGUUGUUAUGAUGGACAUAUCCGGUUGAUGGAUGCUGAAAAGGAGAUGUUUGAUUUAGUAUAUUCUGCUGAUGAGAAUGAAGCUAUAUUCUCGCUGUCUCAACGAUCAGAUAACGCGAAGUGUGUAUAUUUUGGUGCGGGGUUAGGAAAUUUGAGUAUGUGGGAUGAGAGGAGUGGGUGCUGUGCAGCUCAGUGGAGUUUGCAUGAUGAUAGAGUUAACUCCAUUGAUUUUAAUUUACAAAAUCCAAAUUUUAUGGCAACAAGUUGCGCUGAUGGAACUGCUUGCAUUUGGGAUUUGAGAAAAAUUGAUGCUGAUAAGCCUAAGACUUUGAACACGGUUACACACAAAAGAGCUGUAUGUUCUGCAUAUUUUUCACCCUCUGGAAAUUGCUUGGCAACUACAAGUUUGGACGACACAGUUCGUAUACUUAGCGGAGCUAACUUUGAGGAAUCUUCAUGGAUUCCACAUAGUAAUCAGUCGGGAACAUGGAUUCCUCAAUUCAGGGCUAUAUGGGGCUGGGACGAUUCGUAUAUUUUUAUUGGUAACAUGAACAAAGGAGUGGAUGUCAUCUCACCUUCAGAAGGAAAAACUAUUGUGACAUUACAGAGUGAACACAUGAAAGCAAUUCCAUGCAGAUUUGAUGCACACCCCUACAAUGUUGGGAUGCUAGCAGGUGCCAUAGUUGGAGGCCAGGUUUAUGUGUGGACCAGACAAUGAAUUAGAAAGCUGCCAACUUUUGUUUGACAUAUAUACAAGGCAAUCAGAUGCUUAUAAGGACAUAGCUGUUAAAUAUCCAACUUUAGUUGGUAUGAUUAGUGUGGUGUAAUUAUUUAGCUAUGUUGAACUUCCUUAUGAUGCCAGACCUUUUGAUACAUUUUCAGACCUUAAAUCAUUUUUUGAAAGGUUUAUUAUGAAAACAUUUACAAUAGAGUA